AUGGUCAGCAAGGGUGUCAUGAUCACCUUGUUCAAUCACAACAUCUUCGAAGACAAUGUGGUCGUUGGUGCCUCAAAUUCUGUUGAUAAAAAACCCGAUGUUGAUAGGAAAAUUGUUUUCAAUGACCAAAGUGGUGCAAUCAUAACCAAAGAUGCUUUUGAUCAUUCUGGAGAGCAUGGAAAUUCAAAGAAAGAAAUAGGUCAAGAAGCACAUGAUAAUUCUAGAGGGAAUAAUGAAGCUCAGAUUGAUGUGAAUAAGGUUAGUAAACUACCCAUCAAGGAGGAAGAGAUUCAUGCUGAUACUAAAUUGGAUUUCGAAUCUGAAUCUGAAUCAGAUUUAUGCCUAGGUAAGUACAUCUAUGUCCAUGACAUCCCUAGCAAGUUUAAUCAGGAGUUGAUACAGCACUGUGAUUUACUUAGCAAUUGGACUGAUAUGUGUGAGUUGUCAUCAAACUUGGGUCUUGGCCCUCAUUUUCCAAAUAAUGAGAGAGUCUACUCCAAAACUGGUUGGUUUGCAACAAACCAGUUCUUGUUAGAGGUCAUAUUCCACAAUAGGUUGAAGCAGUACAACUGUUUGACAAAUGACUCCUCUCAAGCUUCAGCAAUAUUUGUGCCUUAUUAUGCUGGCCUAGAUGUGUCGCGCUACCUUUGGGGUUCCGGCUAUAGAAUGAGAGAUUCCGGGGCACUUGAACUUGUGAAGUGGUUGAGAGAAAAACCAGAAUGGAAGAGAAUGUGGGGUAGAGAUCAUUUUAUGGUGGCAGGAAGAAUCACUUGGGAUUUUCGGAGAUUUACUGAUGAGGAUUCAAAUUGGGGGAACAAGCUUAUGCUUCUGCCAGAGUCGAGAAAUAUGACUAUGUUGACAAUUGAAUCAAGCCCUUGGAGUAGUAAUGACUUUGCAAUACCAUAUCCAACAUACUUCCACCCUUCAAUGGACACUGAAGUGUAUCACUGGCAGAACCGAAUGAGAAGACAGCGAAGGAGGAUCCUGUUCUCAUUUGCAGGCGGUCCGAGGCCUAAUCUUAAGAACUCUAUCAGAAAUGACAUCAUCGACCAGUGUAAAGCUGCAAGGAGAAAAUGCAAGUUGCUAGAAUGCUCUACUGGGCCAGGCAAGUGUCACAAGCCGAUUUACGUGAUGAAAAUGUUUCAAGGUUCUGUGUUCUGCUUGCAGCCUCCUGGUGAUUCUUUGACCAGAAGAUCAAUAUUCGAUUCUAUUCUAGCUGGGUGCAUACCUGUAUUCUUUCAUCCUGGCUCGGCCUACGUCCAAUAUGUGUGGCACUUGCCAAAGGACUACACCAAAUACUCUGUGCUUAUCUCAGCGUUCGACAUAAAAAACAAGACGGUCAGCAUUGAGAGUGUCUUGAGUAGAAUUUCAGGACGGGAAAUCGUGAAAAUGAGGGAAGAGGUUAUAAGAUUGAUACCAAGAGUUGUGUAUGCUGAUCCAAGUAACAAGUUGAAGACUCAUGAUGAUGCAUUUGAUAUUUCUGUUAAGGGGGUUCUCGAAAGAGUUGACACAAUUAGAAAGGACAUGAGGGAAGGGAAAACUACUAGUUUUGAUUUUGCAGAAAAGGUGAGUUGGAAAUUCAAUUUGUUUGGGAUAAAGGAAGAACAUGUAUGGGAUCCUUUCUUUGAAGAGCAGGAUGAAAAGGCUGCCAAACAAAGAAAAUAUGGAAAAACAUGA